GAAACACAGAAAGCAUUUGUAAAUGUUCGAAUUUUCGUUCUGUUGAUUUGAGAAAAGUUACUACGAGAGACCCAACCACAUCAUCUAAACUAAUUUCGUUUACAGAAAAAAGGCCAAAUGGUGACCGUCCCCAUUGCCCCUGCGAAGCAGACGGCGAUGAUGAGUGCAGUUGUGACGGGUGUUCACUUGCUGGAUAUUCUAUUAGCCCAAGGAGUACGACAAGUCCUGAUACUACAAGAGAGGACGGUUUCAGAGAAAGAAUUUUCUUGCUGCAGUAAACGAAGUUCUUUAAAAACCGGUACGCCCUCAAAGCGUCCGAGUGCGGAUGAAACGUAUUACUCAGGCAGAAAUGGGAGUUCUUUUGAUCGGAAAACGUCACCUAAAUAUGAAGAAAAAUAUAAAUCUCCAUCAACACAAGUUCAUAGUGUAGGAGAAAUAUAUAAUGAUCUGCCCACUACAUCAAAACAAGUUCCUAUUCCAGGAAAAACGUAUCCUGAUAUGGUCAAUGAAGCAAAACACGUUCCUAUUCCAGGAAAAACGUAUCCUGAUAAGGACACUGCAGAAAAACAUGUUCCUAUGCAAGGAAAAACGGAACAUGAUACGGACACUGCAGCAAAACAUGUUCCUAUUCAAGGAGAUAUAUUUAAUGAUACGAGCACUGCAGUAAAACAUAUUCGUAGCCUAGGAGAAAUAUAUAAUGAUCAGCCCACUACUUCAAAAAAUGUUUCUAUUCAAGGAGAAAUAUAUAAUGAUACGGACACUGCAGCAAAAGAUGGUAGAAAAGAAAGUGCUCAUGGACGAAAUUCAACGCCACGAGUUUCUAUCUCGAGUAAUAAUGUAGCUCCUGAUGUUUCUAAACUUGCAUCACGACCUGGCUCAAGAGACUCAACUAGUGUUUCUAGUCGUAGGUUAAAAUCAGUUUCUUUUCCUCAAAACGAGGAACUUCCUGGCACGUCCCGACUCGGUGAAAGCAGUAAGGCCAAUCUUUAUGCAACUUCAGUUUCAUACGUUACGACAUCAGGAUGUUUUCACGUGGACAAGUCAUCAGCCACCGAUAAAGGAAAAAAGGAAAAGGGACUGUCACCGGAAGAAUCUAUCAUAAUCGACGUCGAACGUAUGCCCGGUUUACUAACUGGAUCUAAACCAUCUGCAGAAAGUCUACUAAAAAAGGAGCAAGAAAAUCGGAAGGGUGGUAAAAAAUAAUCUUCGAUGGCAUUCUUUAAAAUUGCCUGCCGUUGAUGUUUUUUCACAAUUUGUCUCGAGGCCUAGCUGUAUGCAGUUAAUAUUUUUAGGAUCUGUGAAGCCUGACGUCUAUUUAUUUUCAAAAUGUACAAUAAAUAUUUCCAAUUCA